CACGUCAGUCAGCUGGAUGACGCUAUUCGCCAGCGGAAACAGCAGAGCCGAGAGAAGGCCAAGGAUUACAUCCUAGCCCUCCAAACGCUGAUCAGACAGCACCCAACGAUGUGCAGCGACGACCACUUGGAGCGCAUCUACGUGGGCUUGCGAGUGGAGUACCGAUUAUUCAUAAAACGGGGCGAGUUCCAUACUAUCGAAGAAUUAAUGGAACUCACCGACGAAUAUGAGCUGCUCAAAAGCGAGGAGGCCAGGCAAACCAGGCAAGCAGCACACUGCCUAUUCACUCCACUCGAACGAUACGAUGCGAAGAACACCUGCUGGAGGUGCAAAAAGCGCGGACACCGCCGAUUCCAGUGCAGAGGUCCGAGGCGACUAUUCUGCUCACGAUGCGGACGAGAUGGAACCCUCUCCAGGAAUUUCCCGUGUCACGAGGAGAGGACAGCCAUCUUCAAGUCACCCACCGAUCAACCAACCACGUCUCAACCAGGCUGGCAAGGCCCCGAUGGCCGCUUCUAUGCGAACGUCCUGGUCGAAGGCAUGAACAUCCGAGCCCUGGAGCCACCUUAACAUACAUCAACGAAUAUCUACGCAAGCAUUUGGAACAGCGCAAUAUUCAGCCACAUCCUAACAAACGAAACGUGCAGUUAGCCGACCAAACGUGCGUCGCAAGCACCCAUUCCUAUCCUGUCCAAAUUAAAUAUAACGGCCAAGCAACAAACACACUGGUGGCCGUCAUCCCCAAUCUGGCUGAAAAAAUGAUAUUGGGAAUGGAUUUCCUGGCAAAGCGUGGCAUCGUUGUGUCACUAGACAACCAGCCACUAGCUCCCGCCCCACCGCCGAGACUUGAUACUACACACGCGCUAUGCAGCCUAAUUGAAAGGGCACACUUGAACGAGGAACAAAAUAAAACACUAGCCGAUUUUUUUGGAAACUCACAGAGAGCGAUUCUCCAAAAUCACCGGGCCCAGCACCGCCGCCGAACACGAGAUCACACUCCGGCAUCAUCGCCCACUAAAACAACGCUAUCACCCACGCAACCCUGCCAUGCAGCAGGUGAUAAACGCCGAAGUGGACGAGCUCCUCGCGGGGGAAAGGAUCGAACCAUCCAAAAGCGCAUACAGCUCCCCCAUCGUCUUAGUUCGGCAAAAGCAAGGAAGUUGGCGCAUGUGUAUCGAUUACCGCCAGCUCAAUGCCGCCAGCGAACCAGACGCAUGCCCGUUACCCCAGGCAAAGGAGGCAAAAUAUAUCUCCACGAUCGACCUCAAAAAUGGGUCGCCGCUUCGCCAUGUCAGAGAGCACAGUCGACGCGGCGACAACAGCCGCCAACACCACCGAGCCAGCCACGGCAACCACAAACCCAGCCCAGGAGAUCACCCCCGAACCAAGGGUCACCGAAACACCAUCCAAAGCGGACCCGGCCACAACGAACGACGAAACGGCCACCGGGGACACAUUCGACCCAUUCAAAAAGCUGCGGCUAA